AUGCAAUCAACUGAAGAAGAUAAACAAUCACACUUGUCAUUCGCAAGUACACCAUCAUCCAAUUCAUCAGUGUCUGAUGAAUCAGGUGAUGUUGAGGUCACAAGCCCACCACCAAAGACAAUGACCAAGUUUCACAAUGGAAGAUAUAUCAAUCCAUACCGUCCAGAGGGUGUCCCCUAUCUAGAUUUCAUUAAAUGGAACCUUUCAAGAAAGUCAGUAAAGCCAUUAACAGAACAUGAGAAGAAGGUUGAUCACCCUGUGUUGAAGGUCGACUUGGGACAUCUGGCGACGCCAGUACAGGACAGCUCAUUGCGAAUGACAUGGAUCGGUCAUUCAACAUUCUAUGUACAGUUUGCAGGUGUCAACUUCUUGACUGAUCCUGUAUGGGCAGAGCGUGCCUCUCCCGUCUCCUUUGCAGGUCCAAAGAGGUUGCGUCCUGUACCCUGUUCACUGGACGACCUGCCACAACUCGACUUUAUCAUUCUCAGUCACGACCACUUUGAUCAUCUAUGCAUCGACACUGCAAAGAAGAUUGGCAAUCGAGCCAAGUGGUACAUACCUGUGGGCAGGAAGCCUUGGUUCAACGCGAUUGGUAUCACCAAUCUCGAGGAGCUUGAAUGGUGGCAGGAGGCCGACUUUAAUGGCCGCAUCAAGGUGGUCUGUGUGCCAUGCAGCCAUCACAGUCAGCGAUCACCAAUCGACAGGAACGUCAGUCUUUGGUGCUCUUGGAUCGUCGUGGACAAGACCACACAGAAGAAAUACUAUCACAGUGGCGACACAGCAUAUUGCUCGGCAUUCAAAGAGAUUGGACAUCACUACGGUCCCAUCGACCUGAGUUGCAUUGCGAUCGGAGCAUACGAACCAAGAUUCUUUAUCAAGAACUUCCAUAUCAAUCCCGAGGAAUCAGUGAUGGUACACAAGGAUAUCAAAUCAAUACGCAGUGUUGGCAUGCAUUGGGGUACAUUCAUUCUCACUGACGAACCAAUAAUGGAACCACCAAAGUUAUUAAGAGAGGAAGCGACCAAAGCCAACCUGACGGAGGACGAGUUCACCGUCAUGAAGAUUGGUGAGACCAAGACUUACAAUCUGUAG